AUGGGGAGACCGGCAGGAUACUGGGUGAACAAGAUUCGGACAUCGUUCAAAGGAGGAUCCUCGAACAAAUCAGACGAAGGAAGUGGUUCCGGUUCUGGUUCUGGUUCUUGUAAGAAAGAUGUCAUCAAGCCCACGAGUCCAGAGAGUUCGAAAGAAGAAUCAAAGAAUGGGACUGAUCAGAGUGGGAGGAAAGUGAUGCUCGUGGUCGAUGCCACUUCUCAAUCCAAGAACGCGCUUCAAUGGGCGUUGAUACAUUGUGUUCAAGAUGAAGAUAGUAUCAUUCUUCUCCAUGUCAUAAAAACACCAAGAGCACAAGCACUUGGGGAGGAGACUCAGAAGGAGAGAGAGUCGAGGGCUUAUGAACAAGUCCAUCCGUUGAAGAACUUGUGUCAGCUCAAGAAACCUAACGUGAAAACCGAGAUCAUGGUUGUGGAGGCGGCGGCAGAGGAGAAGGGGAAAACGAUAGUGGAGGAGACGAAGAAGCAAGGGGUAGGGGUUCUAGUGAUGGGUCAGAGGAAGAGGCAGUCCAGGUGGCGUGUGAUAUGGAGAUGGCGUGGGACGAAGAACGGCAAUGGUGGAAUCGUUGAACAUUGCAUCCACAACACGGAAUGUAUGGCAAUUGCCGUGCGGAAGAAGAGCAACAACGGCGGUUACUUGAUCACCACGAAACGUCACAAGGAUUUCUGGCUCCUGGCUUGAUGAUGAGGACAAUCACACCUAAACCCUAAAUUCCUUUAAACAUCCUUUUCGUCUUGUUCCUUCUCUAUUGAUUAAAAGUUUGAUCGAAGGUUCGACUGGUUGUAUCAAUGCAUUCGCGAUAACGAUUGACAUUAAACAAUUGGCAAAUUGUUCUUGAUAGCGAUUGUAAGCUAUUGAGAUUCAAAAAUAACUAGUUGAUAAAUA